AUGUUACAAUGGUUGCACAAGGCAUAUAUUGUUCUUACUCCACAGAGGUCCAGCGGUGGCCUGUCCAUUCCACUGUGUGCCUUCCAGGGCACCGUGUCCCUCCACGCCCCCACAGGGAAGACCCUGUCCCUGUCUACUUAUGAGGUCAGUAGUGACGGACUCAAAAUAUCCCCAAACAACAAGAAGGUGGAGGUGUACCGAUCCAAGUCUGUGGGUCACGAGCCCCGGACAGAGGAGCCAGCUGACGGCACCACCGGCGACACCAAUGUGAAGAUCCACCUGGAGGUGCUGGAGAUCUGCGACAACGAAGAGGCUAUGGACAGCGUCUCCAUCAUCUCCAACAUCAGCCAGUCGUCAGCACACGCCCGGUCACCGUCGCUGCGCUACUCCCGCCGGGAGAACCGCUUCGUGUCCUGUGACUUGGGCGAGACGGCGUCCUACUCUUUGCUCAUCCCCACCAGCAACCACGACUCCGACAUCAACAUCCACAUCCCCGACACGGUGGAGGCUCACCGCAGGAACAGCCGGAAGCAGCACCAGGAGAGGUCCGGGUACCAGGAGGAGAUCCAGCUGCUGAAUGAGGCCUACAGGAGGCAGGAGGGGGCCCGGGACACCUAG